GUAAAUAAUUCAGUAUAGCGCAUGACACCGCGCGGACUGGACGUGUGUCAUUGACGACGAAUUUUAUUAGCAUACGUGAUCGUAAAUGUUAUAUUUUUAUUUUUGAAAGAAAAUCCAGUUUUGUUUUUGUCAGGAUAUCGAAGUGUUUUACGGUGUUAACAGUCUUAUUUUGAAUUUGUGCUCGUCAUUUCGGAAUACAAGUUGCUUCUAUUUGGUUGUGGAUCUGGCUGUGAUUCUUUCCUUGGUUACAUUGUGGUAAUAUAGUGUAGCUGUAGCGUUCUAUUACGAGAAAUAUCAGUUGUAUAAAUAAAACCAAAUAUUUUGAAAUUGGAAUUGUUUUAAAAUAGCGAGCUGUCAAACUGUGACAGUUGAGUUCCCGCUAAAAAGUGCGUUCGCAUACAGUGUCAAAAGUGAAGGUCAGUGACGUGCGACGCGUAUGAAAAGGUAACGUGAGGGGAGUUUUGCGUGGUCCGAGCGUUGUUGUGCCGUGAUAGGUGUAUCGGUGCGUCGCCAAUGCGGCGGCGGCGUGUGCAGAAUGUCGCCGCCGCGGGCGCUGCUGGCGGCGUUGCUGAUAUGUCAGUUGCUGUCGUACGGUGGCCACCAAGGACUCACCAAGAUAUUUUACACGUUACCUGACACCGGGCAACCUCCCGUUCUCAUCUCUCUAGGAGAGAAUGCCAAAUUGGAACUUAAGAAUCCCGACGAACUUUUGUUCGUCAACGAUUCCGAUCAACACAAUGAUACGAAGUCGUUUAUUAUUGUGGAUAAGGAUGCAGUAGAGGAGGAAAAGAUUAGCAAGACAGACGAUGGGAAAGAUGGCGCCGAGCAGUGGCCUGUAAUCAAAUCAAAAUCUAUGCACGAAAUGAGACAAACAGAUGAUGCAUUUCAAACUACCACACCUUUGUCAACAGAUGAAAGCUCAACAGAAUCUCAACAAGAUGAACCAAAGGCCAUUGAAAACAUUCCAGUGAAACCAGAGACGCCACAAGAAGAUAUCCCAUCUUUCUCAGAAUGGGCACAGAAGCAGCUCGCAGAAGCUGAGAAAAAAGACACAGUACUCAAUCACUCGAGUCAACCUAGUCAUAGUAAUACAAAUUUUAGUAGUAAAAGCACGAAAUUACGAUCGAAAAAUUAUGCUUCGCUGGUUUGUGGCGCUAAAAUUGUAGCUGUAAAUCCAGAAGCUGGUUCGGCCAGUUCCAUUUUAUCUCCCAAUAGAGAUGAAUAUAUGCUCAAUACGUGCAACAGUCGCAUUUGGUUCGUGGUAGAGCUCUGCGAAGCUGUUCAGGCUCAGAAAAUAGAAAUUGCUAAUUUCGAGUUGUUCUCCUCUACUCCCAAAGACAUCGCUGUGUAUUUUAGCGAUCGGUUCCCAACCAGGGAAUGGGCCAGCGUCGGUCAGUUUACCGCCAAAGAUAUGAGAGACGUGCAAAGUUUUGAUUUAUACCCGCAUUUGUUUGGGAAAUUCAUCAAGGUAGAAAUGUUAUCGCAUCACGGUUCCGAACAUUAUUGUCCUAUUUCGUUGUUCAAAGUUUACGGCACAUCAGAAUUCGAAGUAUUGGAGAAGGAAAGUUCACAACAUAUAGCUCACAUUGAUGAAGACGAAGACGAUGAAAUAAUAGACGUUCCCGACUUACCUGCCGCGGAAACGGAGCCUUCAAAAAAUUUAUUCGGCUCUGCGAGAGACGCUGUCAUGUCUAUAAUGAAGAAAGCCGCACAAGCGUUAGUCAAAACGGAAGUUCCUAAAAAUAUGUCUUCUGAACACAACGACACAUCAACAGACAAGAUGUACAAACGGUGUUGUUCUCCCAGCCAUAUAAUUGUAUGUGAUAAUUGCAGUGAGACGCUUUACAAUGAAGUGUAUGAACUGAUUAGUUGUAGUUCGGACAAGUUAGUCAGUUUAGUACGCCAAGUGUUCCUACGGGAGACUUUAAAGUGUACAGGAAUUUGCCAACUCUUCGGUUUAGAUUUUAAAAGUACAAAGACUAUUGAAUUUAGUGAAGAACGCGUCGCAUACAUGAACGCUUUAUUUCCUAAAAAGUAUUUAGCUGCACUGUGUAAUAUAUUAGCUAUUAAAGAAAAAAAGGUUGUAUUAAAUACGAGUUUUGAAAGUGAAUUAAACGCUACAAGUAAUGCAACUAUUGACGAAUCACCACAAAAUGUGAACAGUGAAACAAAUUCUGAACAAGAAGUUAAAUUGGUCCCCAGUAAGGAUAAUAGUUCUACUGAAAAUAAAGAUAUUAACGACACCUUACCGUCAGAAGAAAAACCGAUUAGUUCAGAACAGAAUAUUGACAAUAAUCCAAAAACUAUAGAAUUACCCAAAGGGGAUAAUGAUAAAUUGGAAGAGAAAGCAGAGGAACCUACACCUGUUGUGGAUGAUGUUAUUUCAGAGCAACCAACAGAAACUGUUAUAGCGGAAGCGGAUAAAUCUACUGAUGUAAAUGUAGAGAAUGAAAGCAAAGAUGCUGUUAUAAAAAAUGAAAAAAACGGUAAGGUGGAGUCUGUCACAGAAAGAAGUAAGGAUAUACUUCCAAAUGUCGGUGAUGAUAUAAAUGAUCAAAUUUUGAUUGACAGCGAUAAUUUCAUGUCAGAACUUGACCAAAUGGCAGUCGAUCCAACGCCUGCAGGUCAGACUACGCAGAAUCAGAACCAGGCUCAGGCUACAUUACAGAAAGAAUCAGUAUUCCUGCGGUUGUCAAACAGGGUUAAGACAUUAGAGCGAAAUAUGUCACUUUCGGGGCAAUAUCUUGAAGAGUUGAGCAGGCGAUAUAAGAAACAGGUCGAAGAAAUGCAAAAGACCUUCGAGAAGACGGUCGCGCAGAUGAGCGAAGAAAGACGAAAGAGCAACGAGAGAGAACAAAAGUAUCUAGAACAGAUGACAAGCUUGCAGGAGCAACUCACACAGAUGGCGUCGGCAUUAAACACGCUCAUGGAAGACAGGGACAGCUGGUUUGGCAAUGUGACGUUCUUCAAGUUUAUCAUAUUCCAAUGUCUAAUAAUGACUGGAGCCUUCUACUACAUGAAAAGGAGACGUAAACCGGAACAGAUACUCGUGCCAAUCAUGAAGAAAACCAAAAAGAAACAGGACAAGUUUAGAAGAAAAUCUGUAGAGGGUGUCAGUGGUCACGCAACGCCAUCGGCGAAGAAGCGAAGGCCAAGCGAAGAGGCGUUACAGAUAGCACGCCAGUCUGCAGAAGAUGUGGACGAGUUUGACGGAGAAUGGCAAGUAGCUAGGAAGAAUAGAAGAAGGAAAACAUCAAUAAUACACCGAAAUGCAGAAGACCCCAAAGCGAACUGGGGCAGACAAGACAGCAUUAGAAAACUGCAAGACAAUCCCAUAGCGCUGGAUGAAGACGAGUUCUUCGCUCCUGUAACGGAACCGAAAGUGUUCAACGAGAGUACAGCCACAAAUCCACCAAAAAAGGAGUUACCAAAAACGAAUGGAUCAUUCUUUAAUAGUUUGAAAACGAAAACGAUGAAGACGAGACGGCUGUCGUCGCCGGCUUUUCUCAAAACGUUUAGUAGACAGAGCAGCAGAAGCACGCCCAGUCCGGUCGUGAGAAAUUUGGAGCCAAUUUUCAAUGGGAAAAUGAGCAAAAAGGCCGCCUCGGAGUCCCCAACUGGAAGCCUGUGGUCCGAGUCCACGGAAAUCUCACAAAACGGCCAACAAGACAACGAAAGUGGCGGCAGCAAGAAGAAGAAAAGCUUGAAAAAUAUGCUGAGGAAAGUGUUUUGAGGACUUUAUUAGUUUUAAUGAAUUAUAUGCAAUUAUGUAUUAUUAGUGGCGCGUGGCGUAAACGGAUAAUAGCUAUUGUAAUUUAUUUCCCUGCGAAUAUUAACUGUACCAUUUAAAUUAUUGUUUAAACAUAUUUUGUAUUGUUGUUAGACUUUUCUAUAGGUGCCAAUUGUGAUAAAUUAGGAAGCCUAAUUGAUUGUUAUAUUUGAUUUUAUGCGGUGACGUUUGCUCGGGUGUGAUACGUGUGCCGGCUGCGACCGGGGAGGCGCGUGUGACAAUAAAUGUGGAUGGAUGCGAGUGCUAGUCUCGAGGAUGUUCGGUAAACAAAGAAACGGCAUUAAAUGCAUUACAUUUAUUCUCUUGUUUCAUUUCAUUUUAUCACAGUAACAUAAAAGUAUGUACAAAAAUAUACAAUUUUAAAACUUAAACAAUAUCAGAAAAUACUGAGGUAUAUCUAUGACCUCUAGAGAAAGUACUUUCUCUUGAGAUCAGAGAUUUCACAUAACAUUUCCUUUAACGAUAUCACUGUAUAUCGCAUUCAAUUGUAUGGAAUUAUCACAUUAUUAGAAUAAGCUGUCAAAAUCAAUAGGUGUAGGUCGAUUCUGUAUCUCUCUCCAAAAUUGAAACAAUAUUCUCAAACAAAAUAUCUUUGUUCCCUUUUUUUUU